AUGAGUCCCUCUGGACCGCAGAUUUUACCUUCCCCGCCGCCAUCUCCGCCGCCGCUCGCGACGCCUGCCAUCGUGGUGAACGGCGCUCGAAACCGCGACGAAGACGCCGGGAAGGCUUGGCAUGACGAUGAAGAAGAUGCGGCGCGGGAGAGAGCGAGGGCACGGAGGGCAAGCAGGAGGAUGAGCGUGAAGGCGAAGGGCAAAGGCAAGCAGAGGGCCGACGCAGUCGAAGAUGACGAUGAAGACGAAGACGAGGAGAGCGAGGACGAGGACGUCGGUGUCGUGGAGGGCUACCCUCCAACGAAGGACGAGGAGGCGGAGUCGCGGCGUGUGCAGGAGAACCUUCGCCGAUGGGAGGUCGCAGAACGCCAAAGAAGGAAGGCCGCACGCGAGUCCGUGCAGGGCAGUUCAGGAGGAGCUGGUGUCACUCGCUCACCCUCCAUGCUCGCCGACCUAUUCCACCGUGAUUCACGCAAGGCGGCCAUCAAGGGCGCGGGAACUCAUCAGGUCCUCGCAGACCUUGAUGAACCUGAUGGUGUACCCCUCGACAACCUCGCCGCGCCUCCCGUACACUCCCCACUGGCAUCGCCGUCUCCUCUUCCUGCUGCAGGUCACAGCGUUUCACAAUCGUCCGGGCAUGGGCCAUCGCCUUACGGAAUCCAUGGACCUGUAGUCGAAGAGCCGGAGGAGGAUGACAACCCGUUCGACACCCCCACCGCAUCGCGCACGUCGCUCAACUUGCCCCGCGCGUCCGCCAUCAUGACUGAAACCGAGCAAAUCUCCACUGGGUCCGACGACGAGGUCACUACUCCGACUGCAACCACUCCACCGCAGCUCCCCACCCCUCCUGACGCGAGCCGAGAUGGCACAGUGAACGCGAAGCGACCGACGCUGCCUCCAUCUGGCGAGUCGAAUUUCGUUGGGCACUCGAAGAAGCGCGAGUCUAUGAGGAAGUCAAUGCCUCCGCCUCCUCUGCCUCUGGGGCUUCCUCAACCUAGAGAACUGCCGAAGUCGGGCACUACUACCACGACUGAGCCGGAACCUAUCCUGAAGAAAGAGCGCAACGAGCUGCCCCGCCUGUUCGGUGGUGGCAUGAAUGGUUGUGUGGGUGCGGAGAGGGUCCAGAUCGCGGCGGAGGCAACCAGGCCGGUGCCACAAAUCCUUUCGAGUAAACAACCCAAACAGCGCAUGCUCUGA